CUUCUGACGGAGGGAGAUUUAUUGACAAGUAGCAAGAAAGACCGUCCGGCAGGUGCCACGGAGCCAUACCUGGAGACGAUGCACCCUGAGGAAGAUAACCCGUUCACUUUCACUCCCCAGCUUAUCCGCCUCCAGAAAGACCACGAUCUGUUUGAGGAUGGAGACAUUCAGAGACACAUGUAUCUGCAAGACCUCUACAUCUCUGAGAAAGAAGACAGGCCAACGCUCAGUGUGUCAGAGUUUGCCUGUCACAUCUCUGACUGCAGUGCAGUUUUCAGUACAUUGGAGGAGUAUGAGCACCACUACAAUUCCCUGCACAGGCACGUGUGCUGCUCCUGCCGUCGCUCACUACCUAGCGCCUGGCUUCUUGACAUUCACAUCCAGGAGUGGCAUGACUCACUCUUCACUAUCCUUGCCCAGAAACAAGACAUGUACCAGUGUUUGGUGGAAGGCUGUGGACAGAAGUUCAGAACUAGUGAACAAAGGAAAGACCACUUAAUAAGAAUUCACAAGUAUCCUCCCGACUUCAGAUUUGACAAAAACAAGAAAGAUAAGAGAACCAGGGAAAUGAAGAGACAGCUGGUAAAGGAUGCAGCCAUGGAGGUAGUAGGUGAUGUGUGUGAGUCUGAGGGUGUGUGUGAGGUUCUAUGCAACGUGCUGUCUGACCAAUCAGAGCAAGAGGAACCCAUGGAAACACGUGUGUCUGCAGAAGAAGCUGCAAGUACUGUUGCAGCUCUGGGUACAGAUACAAAAACUACACCACUAAAACCACAAUACUCCUACAGGGUUCCUACAACUGUGUGCUUUGGUCACGGUUCAGUCCGAGGCUUCAGAGGACGACGGGGCAAAAAGAAAUGAUAGAUUGCAAAUUAGUUUUGUCUUCACUUUUUUUUAAGAGUACAACUUUCUGCCCUUUUCAUCAUAAUGUAUUUGAUUUUAUAUGUGCAAUUAAAGUAUUUUUUAC